GGCUGGGCUGGCGGAGCGUCGGCGUGUUGGGCAGGGCCAUGCCCUGGCGGCUGACACUGCUGCUGCGACGGCAUCCGCGGACAUGGUGCCCCGGAGGUGGAUGACCACGCUGGCCGCCCUCACGACACUCAUGACGUCCACCACCGAGCGAACGACACCGCCGCCGCCGCCCCAGCUGGGCGGUGCACUGCGGUUCGACGAUCAGCGGCAACCGCUGCGUGCCCGCACCGCCAAGCCACUGCGGGCCCAGUUGGCCGCGCUCACACCUUCGGCGGCGACUCUGGAAAGGCGCGCGGCACUCCGCUGGGGGACACGGAGGCUCGACCUGGUCACCGUGGCACAGGUGGCGCUAACAGCGGCCACCGUGUCCGCCCUGGUGCUGGGCCUGUCCUGUUACGCCGUGCCACAGCCAGCGAGCUAAGAGGGACGGUCGCCACUGCCGCUACACGAAGGUCUCCGACGGGACGGCGACGCCCGACAAGCGGCGCACGCUGAGAGUGUCGCCCGUCGGGCCUGCGGCCAGGUGCAACCGCGACAACUGGGCUUCCAUCUCGCUCGUCAACCUGCUCAACAACUACCCGGCGGCGCGGGAUGUCGAAGCGGGUCUCCCGGCCAACGACGACCGUGGCGACGACGUCUACAGCAGGACGAGCGGCACCAUCUGACCGCCACGUUCCUUCAUGCACUGUUGUGCGCGUUUAUGUGAAUGCUCUAAAGAAAGGCGCCUGGGCGUUGUUAA